AUGAAGUUUGAAUUUCAAAAUGUUGCAGGAACUUGGAGUGACGUAGGCAUCACACUUGGAGAUUUUGGAGAAAGAUUUCCAGAAAGUGAGAAGGAGAAAAAGAGAUUUCCGGCGAAUACCGUGUGGUGGUGCUGUGACCAAGGUCAUUUCCGGCGACUCAUUCGUGGUGAUGCAGACAAGAUGUAUGAAAGUUCUGAUAAAGAAAGUCCUAACCCCCUGCCUUUGGUGGGGAUGAUACUGAGAGUGAAGAGGCCAGUGAAUAUGUUUGUUCUGAAGAUGAGAGUGCCCAGACAGAGGGUUUGGUAA